AUGAGGUUCUUCCUCUCUCCUGCGCGCCCCAACAACGCCGACUACCUCCCGCUCUCUCAGCUGCCCUAUGAGCCCACCCUUCCAACGCCCACCAGUCGUUCGCGCGCGUCCUCUAUCCGCCUCCGCCUCCUCGUCGGCGCCCUCCUCGCCACUGCCGCCAUCGGCCUCUUUGCCACAUCCCGUCUGCUCGUCGAUUACGAGGAUGACUUCGACGACGGCUUUUCUCUGCACCAGACCUUCUACCUCCCGUUUCGCGUCCCUCGGCGCGCCCCGCAAGACAGCCUGUCCGCGUUACAGCCUGCCCAUGCUCUCCCUGCAUCCUGUCUAGACCACUACUUCUCCUUUGGGAUACCGUGCUAUGUGCCAGAGACGCCAAGGCUCGACUUUGUCUGGACGUGGGUCAACGGCUCAGACCCGCUCCUCCUCGAAGCCAAGGAGGAUGCUCGUGCGCAGUACAGCCAAGACGACCCUUACCGACCAGUGGACUCGGACAACCAGGAGCGCCUCUACCGCGACCACGACGAGCUGCGGCACUCGCUCCGCUCCGUGCUCGCGCACUUCCGCACGCACAUGGGCACCGCGUACCUGCUGACCUCCGACUUUCCCGUCCCCGCGACGGAUCCGCAGCUCAACUUUUCGCGCGCAGCAGACUGGCGCCUUGGUCAGGUACCACAGUGGCUCGAUCUGAGACAAGGGGCGGCGGGGGGCUGGACAGAUGAAGACGUCACGCUGAAGGUCGUGCAUCACGCAGAGGUGUUUGACGAUUACAACGGCACGGUGUUCAACAGCUUGGCCAUUGAAAGCCAGUUGGCCCACGUGCAGGGCGUUACGGACUACUUUGUAUACAUGAAUGACGACCUCUACAUUCCUACCGACAUUCUUCCCGCGACGUUCUUCACGUCAGCAUAUGGCGUCGUGCUACACCUCGAUUCCUCGCUCAUGGUCCCGCCAUCGCGGCCAACGCAAGAGACGCCAGGCGAGUGGCGCGGCAUGGGCGAGUCGAAUUACAUGCUCAGCGAACGCUUCGGCGAGCGGUACCGUCCGUACGUGAUGCACGAAGCCAAGAUUGUCGCGCGACCGCUGCUACUCGAGGCGCAGGCGAUCUGGCGAGCCGCCUUUGCGCGCAGCGCGGCGCAUCCCUUCCGCGAGACCGCGGGCCCGGGCGACCCCGCGGACAUCAACACGCUGUUCCUGCACGGGCACUUUUUGGUGGAGAGGGCGCGCGAGGGCAUGAUUUGGAGCUGGGUGGUGGGGAGGGUUGGUGGGGUGGCGGAUGAGUGGGGGUUGGGGGAGGCGAGGAGGGCGUGGGAGGAACUGGGGGGCGUGUGGGAGGGGGAGGGACCGAGUGCGCGGGAGGUGUAUGUGAGGAGUGGGUAUAGAGAGACGUUGGAGGGCGGUCGGGUUGAGGAGACGCUCAGGGAGAGCGGGGUUGAUGGGCUGGGGAAGACGAUGUACGUGUUUUCCUCGCUAGACGGGUACGCGUAUGCGACGCUCGGGACGUGGGGCGCGCCCUUCCCGUCGUUCCUGCGGGAUGUGUAUGAGGAGGAGCUUCCUGUGUGCCGCAUUGGUUACGACGAGUGCUUCGCGGGGUAUGACUCUGCGAGCGAGGUUUUCAAGAAUGUUGCGUUUCGGAGGCCAGAGUGCGGUGAUUGCGUGAUCUCCGCUCUCGUACGCGCGAGCGGCCGUCUAGGCGUUUCGGCGUUUUUGCCAGAUGCUGAGCGCACGCUGGGCUCAAUCCCGGGGCGGUUAUCGUCGAAUACGAAACUGGAGGAUAUCCCGCACCUCCCGCUGGUCGAGCGCUGGGUGGACGGAGACUUUCGCCUGCGCGAGGUUAUGAGGACUGGAGGGAGGGGAAGGAGGAGCGUGAGGCAGUGGACGGAGAAGCUUUUGGAGCGAUAUCGAUAUGUCAUCGGGUGGACGCCGUCGAUGUUUGAGCGGCUGUAUAACCCGGAGCAGGCGGCGGAGACGCUGCGGCGCGUGGAGGAGAACGAGGAGGUCGCGUUGUUGUGUAUUAAUGAUGAUGUGGAGGAGGGCGCGGAGGAGGUUGCGCAGCUGUUUAGGGCGUGGCAGGAGGGGCGGUGGGGCGUUCCGGCGAGGUGGGAGCGGUAUCAGAAACCACGCGGCGGGGUGCUUGGUUGA